AUGUUAUCUAUUCUGCCGAAAUUGAAGUUCAUAUUCCCACACAUGACUGUUGGUCAUACUUUAGAAUUUGCUGCUCGAAUGAGAACACCACAAAAUAGAGGGAUUGGAAUUGACAGGGAGACGUAUGCAAAACUAAUGGCUGAUGCGUAUAUGGCUACAUAUGGUAUAUCACACACAAGAAACACUAAAGUUGGUAAUGACUUUGUACGUGGGGUAUCAGGUGGUGAAAGGAAAAGAGUUUCCAUUGCAGAAGUUUCAUUAAGUGGAGCUAAGAUUCAAUGUUGGGAUAAUUCAACCAGAGGUUUGGAUUCCGCUACUGCAUUGGAGUUUAUUAGAGCAUUGAAAACAUCAGCAAGGAUUCUUAGCUGUACUCCAGUUAUUGCCAUCUACCAAUGUUCCCAAGAUUCUUAUAAUUUGUUUGACAAUGUUGUUGUGUUGUAUGAAGGUUACCAGAUUUUCUUUGGGAAAGCAGACAAAGCCAAGGAGUAUUUUGUCAAGAUGGGGUAUAAAUGUCCUCAAAGACAAACUAUGGCAGACUUUUUGACAUCAUUAACCAAUCCAACUGAAAGAGAGCCAUUAUCAGGAUAUGAAAAUAAAGUCCCCAGAACUCCCAAAGAAUUUGAAGCGUAUUGGAAACAGUCACCAGAAUAUUCUGCCUUGAUUCAAGACAUGGAUAGUUAUUUGAUUGAAUGUGAGAAAUUAAAUACCAAAAAAAAUUAUCAAAAAUCACAUGUUGCAAGACAAUCAGAGCACACUCGUCCAAGUUCACCGUAUACUGUUUCAUUUUUCAUGCAAGUUCGAUAUCUUGUGGCCAGAAAUUUUGUUCGCAUGAAGGGAGAUCCAUCAAUUGCACUUAUUUCAGGAUUUGUUCAAUUAGUUUUGGGAUUGAUAUUGUCUUCGGUUUUCUAUAAUCUUCCCCCAACCACUGAUUCAUUUUAUCACCGUGGUGUUGCUUUGUUUUAUGCUGUUCUUUUCAAUGCAUUUUCUUCCUUGUUGGAAGUAAUGACAAUGUAUGAAGCCAGACCCGUAGUUGAGAAACAUAGAAAGUUUGCUCUUUAUAGACCAUCUGCAGAUGCAUUGGCUAGUAUCAUAAGUGAACUCCCAAUCAAGUUGAUCUCAUCAAUAUCAUUUAAUUUUGUAUUCUAUUUUAUGAUAAACUUGAGAAGAGAACCUGGAAGAUUUUUCUUUUAUUGGUUGAUGAAUUUCCUUGCCACAUUAGUUAUGUCUCAUUUCUUUAGAUCCGUCGGUGCUAUAACAACUUCAUUGGAAGGUGCCAUGAUACCUUCGACUAUUUUGUUAAUGGCAAUGGUUAUUUACACAGGAUUUGUUGUUCCAAAACCAGACAUGUUAGGAUGGGCAAAGUGGAUCAGUUACAUAAACCCAAUUGCAUAUGUGUUUGAAUCUAUCAUGGUUAAUGAAUUUCAUGGUCGUCACUUUCUUUGUUCAACUUAUGUACCAUCAGGAUCUGGUUAUGAAGAUUUAAACUCAGAAGACCAAGUUUGUUCUGCCGUGGGGUCAAUUCCAGGAAAUCCAUAUGUUAGUGGAACAGAUUUCUUAAAAUAUGCCUACCAAUAUUAUGGUGUCCACAAGUGGAGAGACUUUGGUAUUGUCAUUGGCUUCAUCGUUUUCUUUUUAGCAAUUUAUAUUGGCCUAACUGGAAUUAAUCGAGGUGCUAUUCAAAGGGGUGAAAUUGUUUUAUUUCUCAAGGGUGAUUUGAAGAAACACAAGCUAAAUAGAAACUGUGAUGAUAUUGAAGGUGGUUUGUUAGAAGAAAAGUAUACCCAUGAUGAUUUCAUUGAUGAUAGUAUAGUUGUCAAAUCAGAGGAUCUUUCUCAAGCUAAAGAUAUAUUCUUCUGGAAAGAUUUGACUUACAAGAUCAAGAUCAAAAAUGAAGAAAGAACAAUCUUGAAUGACAUUGUUGGUUGGAUUAAGCCGGGAAAAGUUACUGCCUUGAUGGGAGCAACUGGUGCUGGCAAAACAACCUUGUUGAAUUGUUUGUCAGGAAGACUUUCAGUUGGUGUUAUUACUGAUGGUGUACGAAUGGUUAACGGACACGAGUUGGAUUCUUCCUUCCAAAGAUCGAUUGGUUAUGUACAACAGCAAGAUGUCCAUUUACAAACAACUACAGUUAGAGAAGCAUUGCAGUUUUCUGCAUACUUGAGACAAUCACUGAAAAUUUCAAAAAAAGAUAAAAAUGAAUAUGUUCAGUAUAUCAUUGAUCUAUUAGAUAUGAAUUCAUAUGCAGAUGCAUUGGUUGGUGUUGCUGGUGAAGGUUUGAAUGUUGAACAAAGAAAGAGAUUAUCCAUUGGUGUUGAAUUAGUUUCCAAACCUAAAUUGUUGUUGUUUUUGGAUGAACCAACUUCUGGUUUAGAUUCCCAAACCGCCUGGUCUAUUUGUAAGUUGAUGAGAAAAUUAGCUGAUCAUGGUCAAGCCAUUUUGUGUACUAUACAUCAACCUUCUGCGCUUAUUAUGGCUGAAUUUGAUAGAUUGUUGUUUUUGCAAAAAGGCGGGGAGACAGUUUACUUUGGUGACUUGGGUGAAAAUUGUCAAACUAUGAUUGAAUAUUUUGAAAAACACGGAGCAGAUCCAUGUCCUAAAGAAGCCAAUCCAGCAGAAUGGAUGUUGGAAGUUGUUGGUGCUGCCCCAGGAUCUCAUGCUAAACAAGACUAUUUUGAAGUUUGGAGAAACUCUGAUGAAUAUAGAGCUGUUCAAAAUGAAAUUACUCGUAUGGAAACUGAAUUUGUUAAACUACCAAGAGAUGAAGAUCCUGAAGCUAAGUUGACAUAUGCUGCUCCAAUUUGGAAACAAUACUUGUUGGUUACUUGGAGAACAGUGGUUCAAGAUUGGAGAACCCCAGGGUAUAUUUAUGGAAAAUUAUUCCUUGUGAUAACUGCAUCUUUGUUUAAUGGGUUUUCAUUUUUCAACACCCGGAAUUCGAUACAAACAUUAACUAAUCAGAUGUUUUCGAUUUUUAUGUCAUUUGUUGUUCUCAAUUCAUUAUUACAACAAAUGUUACCAGCAUUUGUGAAGAAUAGGGAUUUAUUUGAAAUUAGAGAAGCACCAUCUCGAACGUAUAGCUGGUCUGCAUUUAUCACUGGUCAAAUUACCUCUGAAUUACCAUUCCAAAUAAUUUUAGGAACACUAGCUUAUUUUUGUUGGUAUUACCCUCUUGGGUUCUAUCAUAAUGCAGAAACGACAAACUCUGUGAAUUCACGUGGUGUUUUAAUGUGGCUAUUGCAAGUAUCCUUUUAUUGCUAUAUCACAACUUUGGGACAUUUUGUCAAUUCAUUUAAUGAACUGCCUGAUUCGGCAGCCAAUUUGGCUAAGUUGAUGUUUUCAUUAUGUUUAAUGUUUUGUGGAGUGUUGGCAACCCCUGAACUGAUGCCACGGUUUUGGAUUUUUAUCUACCGAUGCAAUCCAUUGACUUAUUUAGUACAGGCAAUACUAUCUACUGCUUUGGCAAAUUCGAAAAUCACUUGUUCCGACCGUGAAUAUUUACAAAUUAAACGACCAUCAGGGCAAACUUGUCAGGGAUUUAUGAAUUUAUUUAUGGAAAGAGUUGGAGGGUAUGUUAUCACUGUAGGGAAUAAAUGUUUAUAUUGUCCCAUUGAUGAAACAAAUACAUUUUUGGAAUCUGUUCAUGCCAUAUAUAGUGAAAGAUGGCGAAACCUUGGGAUAUUCAUUGUUUUUAUUGUAUUUAAUAUUAUCUUUGCCAUUUUUCUUUAUUGGUUGGCUAGAGUUCCUAAAGGUAGUCGUGAAAGAAAACAUUCUAAAAAGGAAGGAAGUUCAAUCAAUUUUGUUGAAUAG